CUGUACGCUCGUCGAAAACGUCACUCCGCCGGUAGGCCCCGUCGCGAGCGGACGUCAUUUCGCGUCUACGUGUAACUAAUUCGUGUCUCUGAAAUUGUGUAUUAGGAAGUCGUGACUGUGAAAGUGUAUUGAUAUGAAAUAUAGUUAUCGUUUUAAUUGAAUACACCGAAAAGCCGUAUAAAUGAUGGGUGUAAGUAGUUGUAUGAGUGUGCGGCAGGCCAGGGGCUCCUGCCACUGUCCCGCUUGCCCUAGGGCUUCGGGGCACGGAGCCCAGAUGCCGCCGCAGACUCUCGUAUUGCCCCCGAUGGCCAUGGAGCCCGAAACGACACCCGUUAAAGAUAAGAAGGGAUCGAAAAUGAAAGUACUGAAGAAAAUUAAGAAAAAGAUCGGACUUGCGCCUCGCACCUCCUGCACUGGCAGCACCCCGAACAACCUGCCGCCGCUCGGCUUCCACACGGCGGCGCACGGGGAGAACGUUAGGAUCUCGCGGGAUGGCAGCACCGCGAGGAGAGUGGAGUCCUUCUGCAAGGGCGUCGCGUUCAGCGCACGGCCGGUUCAUGUUAAUGAGAAGAUAUGCAUUCGUUUCGUAGAAAUAUCAAAUAGCUGGAGCGGCGUCAUCAGAUUCGGUUUUACCUGUCACAACCCAGCCACAAUGCCCCUACCACUGCCAAAGUAUGUAUGCCCAGAACUCACAAACAAACCCGGGAAUUGGGCUAAAGCUCUCGGUGAAAGAUUCUGCGAAAAGGACAAUCUGUUAUUCUACUACGUUAACUCGGCCGGAGAGGUGCAUUUCGGCAUAAAUGGUGAAGAUAAGGGACUAUUUUUCAGCGGUGUCGACACGAGAUAUCCCCUGUGGGCAUUAAUAGAUGUGUAUGGAAACUGCACGGCUGUACAAUUCGUGGAUUCUAGAACAUUGUACCAGAACAGACAGGCUUCACCUAUUGUCGAAGAUGACAGACUCAUCGGCAGCAUGCGCUCCCUGUCAGUGGACGAAGCCUUACCACCUCCAAGAUACAAGAACCCCCUCGUACCCCUCAACCUUCACAGAAUGACAGGCAGAAAUGUGCAGUUUGUGAACGAAAGAGGCGUCGCCGCAAGGAUCGAAGCGGAAUUCUGCCAGGGUUACGUGUUCACGGCACGGCCUAUGAGACCGGGUCAAACGAUAGUGGUACAAAUUCUCGCCACGGAAGCCGCGUACGCUGGCAGCUUGGCCAUUGGUUUGACGUCGUGCGAUCCGGCCACACUCAGACCGUGCGACCUGCCUGACGACGCCGAACAAUUGUUGGACCGCCCGGAGUAUUGGGUAGUGCGACGGGACGCCGCCAACGGUCUGAGACGCGGCGACGAGCUGGCGGUCACUCUAACGCUGGACGGCGAAGUGCGCGUCAGCAGGAACGGUUCGACGCCGAUUACGGUGAUGCACGUGGACCACACGCUACGGCUAUGGGCGUUUGUUGACAUAUAUGGCGCGACGCAAAAGGUCAGGAUGCUGACGUCUCAAGCGGUUCAAGCGCAGACGCCGCCGCAGCAGUUGCGCGUGCUGACCGGCUCCGCAGCGCCGAUAGCGGCUGGAAGCGGCGGCACCGUGCUGGUCGUGAGCCUGCCGCCGCAGAACGGCGGGCAGAACGGCGUCAGCCACCAGCAGGGGCUAACAUUGGCGAGCGCACAUUAUAUUGAGCCGAUACAGUCGUCAUCGCAAGUCUGCGUCACAUCGCUGCCAGUGACGUCACAAUCGCAAACUUGUGCGCCCGUGCCAUACCAAAGGCCGCGGGAAGUCUGCUCGACGAGCCAGAACAACUCGAACGAGCAAGUACUCAUACCGAAUGGACAUUCUGAACUGCGUUUAGACAGAAUCCCCAACGGUCCAUCGACCAGUCGGCCGUCUACGUCGCACCAACCGAUUUACUCGGUCAUCGGUGAAGGCCUAACGGGCACCGAGUGCACCAUCUGCUACGAAAACCCAAUAGAUAGUGUAUUAUAUAUGUGCGGACACAUGUGCAUGUGCUACAGAUGCGCGGUACAACAGUGGAGGGGCAAAGGCGGCGGCCAGUGCCCCCUGUGCAGGGCGCAAAUCAAAGAUGUAAUACGCACAUACAAAUCGUGAUUCGAAAUUCGGAAACUAGAUGGCGCUGCGGCAAAAGUUGCAGUCUCGCGUUGGCGGUGACAGCUCAGUUUCCCGCGCGAUCAACUGUCACUUGAAACUUUUGCCGCAAUGUCAACUGUGUUUUUUUCAAUAUGCCAAAAAAACGCGAUAUGAUUUUGAUAUGACAUGUAUAUAACGAUGUUAGUAAGUAAGAUAAAAUAUCCAAUGUAUAAUUCGAAUAAAAAAUCAGCAUCCAUAACAUAUGAUAAAAAAUAAUAUAUUUGAAUGAUUUUUCGAGAAGUGGAUUGCGUGUCCUUCUAUUAGUAAUAUUGAUAUAGCAUUUUAAUCACGUUUUAUAUGAAAAUAAAUUAUCCUCACGUAUUUAUAUGAAAAUUAUUAUCUUGACAAUUUUUUAAUAAGGCAACACAAUGACAUGUAUUUAAAUUCAAUAAUUUGCAUUUUCACUGUCGUUAAAUAUAUGUGUUUUUUUUUUAUAAUCACAGUAGAUUUGAACAAAUAAAUUCCAUUCAUAUAUAGACUUCUUAUUAGUAUAAUAAUGUAUUCAACAGUUGGGUUUGUCACAGACUAUACAAAAGCGAUAUAUCACUCUAAUAACUUAAAGAGAAGACAAAUUCAAAAUUAGGUGCUUGUUCUAUAUUGAAUAAAUAACAAAUCAGUCCAGGUUCCAUAAAAUUUUGGUUUAGUUUUUUGUUACAAAACAUUAAUACCAGUAUUAUUCUCGUUAUUAGAAGCAUAUAUGGCUGUUUUAUUAUAUGUAGUCUGUGAAAAUAUCCAGCACUAAUAUAUACACUUGGGGUUGAAAACUUCUGUAUGACAAUUAGUUAUGCUAGGUUUUAAACGUUAGGGUUCCUAGAAGUACUAAAUGUAGGGCAUUUUAGGCUAAAAACAUCAACGUCCUUAUGAGUGAUAUGUAUUAUAACAUAACAAUUUUAAUGUACGACUUUUUACAUGUUACCAUAAGAAAAUUUAAUUUGUGAUGUCACAGCACGAUGUGUAGUAUAAAAUUGAAGAAGUAAUGAUUAUUAUAAAACAGAUAUGUUAUAGUUAAAAUUAUUAAGACGCAAUGAAAGUUGUUGCUUAAAGUUAUUAUUUGAUGAGCAAACUUUGUUGAAUAUAUUGCGAUAUACUUCAUUGUGCUGUGGUGUUAGCCGCCAAUGUUUGGAGAUCUUUGUAAAACAAUCGGAUACUUAGCCUAUGUGGUCAUAGACAAGUCGCUAUGACACUAUGUUACUAUUGCUAAAUAUCGGCGUAUUGUUGUAAAAUUAACCGAACUUAGAUUAUUGUUAUUUAAUCCAAAUACCUAUAAAUUAUACAUAUAAAACUCUUAAUCAGAGGUCAGAGGGUUUCAACAUAAUAAGAGAAUUUUGUUUAAUAGUGUUUAAUCGAAAAAUAAAGACUCCAUAGAUAAUAAAAGCUGGAAUUGAUGCGUAAUAUAACCUAUUAACCAUUCCUUUUUGCUCAACUUAUUUUGAUAUAGGCAUAUCAUUCUAUGACUGCACUUUCUUACAUAUCUUUAGUCUGGUUGGGAGGCUCUGCAUUUAAUUGUAUUUUAUAUAGUAUUCUAGUAUUUCUGUGCGUCCAUUUUAAUUUUUGCCGGGUUCUUCACUUCCUUAAUUGAAUUCAUUCCUUGUUUGAUUUAUUUUCUGCCUUGAAUUUGUAGCCAAUUGUUUUUUUUUCUUUCAUUAUUGCGUUUAUCUUUAAGCAUUGAGUAAAUAAGAGAUUUUAAACGAUUACACGAUUUAAAAUCUGUUUUUGUAUUUAACGAUUAUUUAUUUCAUAGAUUUAGGACAGUAAUAAUUUUAUAUGAGUUUCUUAGUUUAUGCGAAUGUUACGUGGAUUGAACAAAACCGUUUCAAUAAAUUUAUGUGUUCAUAAUAAAUUUCUCGAAAUGGUUUUUUUCAAGUUGACUUUUAUACCAAAACAGUGUGACCAGUAUGUAAUCCCCGAUAUUAAAGCCAAAUCUUAUUUUUAUUUUUGUUGGUACAUUUCUUAAAAUAAGCUCGUAAUAGUUUUCUAUAGUUAUGUUUGCCAGUUUAAAAUAACACUAACCCCAAUACUAACAAUUAAAACCCUCUAUUAUGACAAAUUCAGAUAUGUACCAGCAUAUUUUUGUGAUAUAAGUUUUGUUUUUUUAAGAUUUUUUAACACGGUCCCUGUACAGCGUUGUCAUCUAGUCGUUAGUAAUUUAUUUUUAUUUUUUUUUUCAAUUAAAAAAUUCUUCAUUUGAUUACGAUGUUGGUGUUUAGAUUAAGUUUACAAAUAAAAUGGUUAUCAAAGUA